UGGCUCUCGCGGUUAGUCAGGACCAACAUGCUGCAACCCUGUUCCACAACUAGGGCUAGAGCAUUAGAUAGACACCUGACACUUCAGCAUCAAAACGUGGCACAUAAAAUGGUAGCUAACCUGCUUUUCGGACUUUGAUCGUGACAGGUAGGGCUUGUGCAUGUCCGUCUAGACCCUGCAGUUCGCCACAAUCUCAGAUCCCCAAGCAUCGUCCAAAGAUGGAUUCGUUACCGAUUUUACCAUGAAAUAUACUCCUCACAAAUAGGCUCGUUAUGGGGGCAAUUGUAAGACAGCUCGCCCAUCGCGCAGCGCAUACAGUAUGGUGAACAUCGUGGUCUUUGGAGAGGUAGGAGCGGGCAAAAGCUCUGUAGUAAACCUCCUAGCCGGUAAACAGAUCGCUCACAUAUCGCCCGACGCUCACCGUUGCACUCUGAAUUGGACGGAGUACUCAGUAAUCUUCGAAAACGGAGCUCGACACCAGGUGUUUGACACUGUUGGCCUCGAGGAGUCCCGCCUACCAACCGGAGAGUACCUCUCUGCAAUUGCAAACGCAUAUGACCUCAUUAACGCCUUGAAAAAGCGUGGAGGUAUCAACCUCUUGCUCUUCUGUGUACGCGGAAAUAGAGUCACGACAAACAUGCAGAGCAACUAUAGGUUGUUCUUCGAGUUUCUCUGCGAGGAAAAGGUCCCGCUCGCACUGGUCGUCACGAACCUCGAGAGAGAGGAAAAUAUGGAAGACUGGUACACGAGGAAUAUAGCUCAUUUGGAGAAGUAUAACAUCAAGUCCGUCGGACACGCAUGCAUAACUGCGGCGAGCCUUCUCGAUGGGAGGCAUAAAGACAAGUACGAAGAAUCGCGGGGAAUAAUCCGUGAAGUCGUUCAGGCUCAUCAUACUGCAUCGAUGCUAGGGUGGACCGGAGGACAAGCAUGGUUUGCUUCUUUUAUUAGCAAGCUCGUAGACUUUGUUACUGGACGUCCCAAGAAGACGGAUGUCAUUGGGGUACUCACAAAACGAUGCGGAAUGACCAAGGAAAUGGCUCAGCAAGUGGCGCAGCAGAUCAGAGGCGAAAACCCACCGAAACCGAUGGUUGAGAAUCACGGCUACACGUCAGCCCCAGUAGGUGUGAGGAAUGCGGAGCAACGACGGGAAAAUCAAAGUCGACCACGUAAUGUGGUGCUCUGGGGGGAGAGUGGAGUUGGAAAAAGCUCGCUCAUAAACCUCAUUAUGGGCCGCGACAUAGCGAAAACGUCUCCUGACGCCAUUUCAUGCACCCUUAACACUGCUCCAUACGAAGUGACAAUCAAGGGGCAAUGCUUCAGGCUGUGGGAUACGGCAGGGUUAAACGAGGGCUCAGAGGGCGCGAUGCCUGCGCCCGUGGCUGCAAGGAAUUUGACUGUAUUCCUCCGUGGCCUCAACCAAGGAGACGGUGUCCAUCUCCUCGUGUAUUGCGUGCGCGGAACGCAAGCCACAAAGGCUAUGCGAACUAAUUACCAAACAUUCGCAUCGGUCAUCGGCGACAGCAAAGUUCCCACUGUUAUCGUGGCGACGUGCCUGGAAGACUUGCGUCCGGACAUGGCAGAGUGGUGGAAUCAGAACAAGGACCAGCUUGCGAAAUACGGGAUGCAUUUCUCUGGAUACGCUUGUGUCACAACUCUGCCAGGCGAACACGCAGAUUCUCAGGAUAUACGUCAACGUCGCGUACGGUCCUACGAAGACGUUUGCAGACUUAUCCUGGACCAUUGUUCGCAGACCCCUCACAAGACGUGGGGCACUGCUAUCAAAGAUCAAUGAAGGUUCCUCGCGAUUUUACUGUAGAAAAUUAGCUCGGUUUGUUGGAGGAUUCCACCGUGACUAGGACGUUUUACAAUCAUCUUUGUAUUUUGUUGUGACUUGAACCGAUAGAUACUGGACGCCGUAGUGCGGUACUUGAUAUCUGCCACCUAACUUUUCUUGUAGUACAUAAGUAUAUCACGGACAGAAACAUGCGUGUUAACUUCAUCACCAUUUUAUUUCGCGGUAAACCGUAAUUUAUGAAUUUUAUCCGCUGCGUAGCAGUUCCAUCUUGAGAGGUGUCUGGUGUCUAGAAGUGCGCUCGCAUUGUCCAUGUGUUGUUCGAAACGACCGUGACCAUGUCCUGCAGAAGUGACAAAGUCGCGUCCGUGCGGCUGUCGUGUGGUGCUCCGAUUAUCUGUGCGUGUUUUUGAAGAGCCCACUAGUACUCCCAAUGAAG